CUGAAAACGAACAAUUGAAGUUGUUUGUCUAAACAAGCCACUUGAAAAAGCCAGAUGCUAUUCUCUGUCCCAAUGGUGAUUAAUUCCUCAAGUUCACAGAUAAGUAACGGUAGGGUCUAGAACCCUCAGGUACUGACUACCCAGGUAGGCCCUACCAUUUUAUGUCAGUUGAUGACAGUCUGUGCACUUCACCAGAGUGGUUGGAGGAUUCUUCUUCCUCGGACUUCUCAUUGGCUUUCCCAUCAGAUCAGAAGAUGAUGCAACACACGGAAGUAUACUUCCUGGAACUGUUGCCAGGUGACCAUGACAUCAUAGACUAGCCCAACAGUGUGGUCUCAAGAUGCCUAAAGUAUUGCAAGACAAUUUAAAUAGGAGAGAACCGGAGAAAGUGUUCUGCACAGCUGAGAUCCAAGCAGCAUUUAUUCUCUCCUCCUUUGCGACUUUCCUCGGGGGACUCUUCAUCUUAUUCAUGUUCAGACUAAUCUUGAAAACCUCAGAAAAAUGGCGAAACAUCAAGGGAAAGGGGGUAAUCUUGGCACUAUUUUCAGGUAGACUAGAUCUUAAUCCUUUAAGAAGAUUUUACUUUUAUGGAGUAUUCCGAGAUCGUAUUGAAAUGUUGCUUUCUGCGCAGACCGUCGUGGGGCAAUUGUUGGUGAUCCUCGUUUUUGUGCUAAGCAUCGGGUCUCUUAUAAUCUAUUUCAUCAAUUCAACAGACCCGGUUGGAAGAUGUUCUUCAUAUGAAGACAAAACUGUCCAUGUGGAUUUGAGUUUCAACGCUUUCUUUAGUUUCUAUUUUGGGUUGAGGUUUUGGGCAGCUGAUGACAAGAUCAAAUUCUGGUUGGAGAUGAAUUCAAUUGUAGACAUUUUUACCAUCCCACCAACCUUUAUUUCUUAUUACUUGAAGAGUAAUUGGCUAGGUUUGAGGUUUCUGAGAGCUCUGCGGUUGCUCGAACUCCCUAAAAUCUUACAUAUCCUACAAGUCAUCAAGACCAGCAAUUCAUUGAAGCUUUCCAAACUGUUGUCAAUAGUUCUCAGUACCUGGUUCACAGCUGCAGGAUUCCUUCACCUGGUGGAAAAUUCUGGUGAUCCCUGGCUCAACGGUAGAAAUGCACAGACUAUGUCAUAUUUUGAGUGCGUUUAUCUUGUCACAGCAACAAUGUCAACUGUUGGCUUUGGGGAUGUGGUGGCCAAGACAGCCCUAGGAAGGAUUUUCAUUGUUUUCUUCACCCUUGGAAGUUUGAUACUAUUUGCAAACUACGUCCCAGAAAUGGUGGAACUUUUUAGUAACAGGAAGAAAUACACCAAGGCCUACGAAGCAGUCAAAGGAAAGAAGUUCAUCGUGGUCUGUGGAAACAUUACAAUCGACAGUGUGACUGCCUUCCUGAGGAAUUUUCUCCGCCGUAAGCCAGGAGAGAUCAACACUGAGAUCGUGUUCCUCGGAGAGGUUCCUCCGUCCUUGGAACUGGAGACCUUACUGAAGUGCUACUCGUCCUACACGACAUUUGUAUUUGGCUCCGCACUGAGGUUCGAGGAUCUGAAACGAGUUGCAGUGGAGCAGGCAGAAGCUUGUCUGAUUCUAGCCAACCCUUUGUGCAGUGACUUGCAUGCUGAAGACAAUUCAAACAUUAUGAGGGUGCUGUCUAUCAAGAACUAUUCCCCAGGGACAAGAGUUAUCAUCCAGAUGAUCCACUCCCACAACAAGGCUUUCCUGUCAAAAAUCCCCAACUGGAACUGGAAUGCUGGAGACAACAUCAUCUGCUUUGCAGAACUAAAGCUUGGAUUCAUCUCCCAAGGCUGCUUGGUUCCAGGGCUGUGCACCUUUCUUACGACUCUGUUUAUUGAACAAAACCAAAAGGUUUUUCCUAAACAUCCUUGGCAAAAAUUUUUCUUGAAUAGCUUGAAGAACAAAAUUCUGACACAGCGACUCUCUAACGACUUUAUUGGGAUGACAUUCCCUCAGGUCUGCCGGCUCUGCUUUACGAAGAUGCAUAUCAUGUUGAUAGCCAUCCAGCACAAGUCGAUCUUUCACAAUUGUUGUAGGCUGAUACUAAAUCCAUCGGCACAGGUGAGGGUGACUAAGGACACCUUAGGGUUCUUUAUUGCGGAAUCCUCACGAGAUGUCAAAAGAGCCUUCUUUUACUGUUCCAAAUGUCACUGUGAUGUGAACACUCCCGAGCUAAUUUCAAAAUGUAGCUGCAAAAGCAGGAGCCAGCAACAACUCACAGGGCCAGCCCUCAUGCUGAUGAAAAGCAGCAUUAGCGAAUUCACAACCACUUCAAGGAUCCAGAAUUCUAUUUCAAGAGACCAGGCGAGCUCCAUCACCACUGCAAGCCUUGCCAACAGGAAUAUCUUAAAUGACACAGAAGAGGAAUCUGACCUGCUAGACAGCAGUGGCAUGUUUCACUGGUGCAGAGCAAUGCCCUUGGACAAGGUGGUUCUGAAACGGAGCGACAAGUCCAAACACAAAUUUCGGAACCACAUUGUAGCAUGUGUGUUUGGAGAUGCCCAGUCUGCCCUGGUGGGGCUUCGGAACUUUGUGAUGCCCCUGAGAGCCAGCAACUACACCCGGCAGGAGCUGAAGGACAUCGUGUUUAUUGGGGCUCUGGAAUACUUGCAGAGAGAAUGGCGGUUUCUCCGGAACUUUCCCCAGCUGUACAUUAUGCCGGGAUCUGCACUCUAUACUGGGGAUCUGCAUGCAGUCAACAUAGAGCAGUGCUCUAUGUGUGCAAUUUUAGCCACCCCAACUAAGCCGUCUGGCAGCCAGAUCGUGGUGGAUGCUGAGACUAUCAUGGCCACCCUCAACAUCCAGUCCCUGAAGAUCAGAUGCCAUCCCUCGACACCUUCAGAAGCAAAGACUGCAUCCACCUUUGGUAAACAUGGCAGAAGUUACCGGAACAUCCCUGUUCUCACUGAACUGAAGAACCCCUCCAACAUCCACUUUAUCGAGCAGAUUGGUGGACUGGAUGAGACAAUCAAAGGAACUAGCUUACAUCUCAGCACCGCCUUCUCCACGGGCACCGUCUUCUCAGGCAACUUCUUGGAUUCUCUCCUGGCCACGGCCUUCUACAACUACCAUGUCCUGGAAUUACUUCAGAUGCUAGUGACAGGAGGCAUAAGCUCUCAGAUGGAGCAGUAUUUAAUUAAGGACAUACACAGUGAGAUUGAAGAUAGCAGUUCCACAGUCCUGUCUGGGAGGAAACGGUGUAAGCUGGGACUUCUCUCUUUAGACGACACCAUUCUAUCAGACAUUAAGCCAAAAAGAACCUUUGGACAACUGUUCUGUGGCUCACUGGAUACUUACGGGAUCCUAUGUAUUGGCUUAUACCGUGUGAUAGAUGAUGAGGAGAACAACUCAGAACACAAAAGGGGAGUAUGAUGGUUUGUGAUCACCAGGCCGGCUAACGAGUGUAACCUGCUGCCCUCAGAUCUCGUGUUUUGUGCCAUCCCUUUUAGCAUCAGCUGUUACAAAUCAGACAGUGCUUCUUCAGCUCCAAUUCUUGAUGACAUUUCAAAUGUGACGCCAUUGGCUCCCGAGUCACAGCCGCAGCUUUCCGAAGUCAGCUCUGUGUUAGAGCUUCAUCGUUCCCACUCCCGAAUCUAUCCCUUGGAGCCCUUCAUUGCCGAUGGUUUUGAGCAAGAAAAACAAUAAAAACAGAAGCGUGCUAUUCUUGUGCCCAUUGCUUAGUGGCCGACGAGUCAGCAAGCCCACACCACUGUGGAAGGGA